AGAGCCGGGCUCCAAUUUCGGCCAAACUUGUUGCAAAUAUGCUGUCUGUAGCAGGCGCAGAUCAUAUUAUCACCAUGGACCUACAUGCUUCUCAAAUUCAGGGCUUUUUUGAUAUCCCAGUUGACAAUCUGUAUGCAGAGCCAGCUGUCCUGAAGUGGAUAAAGGAGAAUAUCUCUGAGUGGAGGAACUGCACUAUUGUUUCACCUGAUGCUGGCGGAGCUAAGAGAGUGACCUCCAUUGCUGACCGUUUGAAUGUGGACUUUGCCUUGAUACACAAAGAACGGAAGAAGGCUAAUGAAGUGGACCGCAUGGUUCUAGUGGGCGAUGUGAAGGAUCGGGUAGCCAUCCUUGUUGAUGACAUGGCUGACACUUGUGGCACAAUCUGCCACGCUGCUGACAAACUCCUCUCAGCUGGAGCCACCAGAGUUUAUGCUAUCUUGACUCAUGGAAUCUUUUCUGGUCCGGCAAUUUCUCGCAUCAACAAUGCAUGCUUUGAAGCAGUAGUAGUCACCAAUACCAUACCUCAGGAGGACAAGAUGAAGCAUUGCUCCAAAAUACAGGUGAUUGACAUCUCCAUGAUCCUUGCAGAAGCCAUCAGGAGAACCCACAAUGGGGAAUCUGUUUCAUACCUGUUCAGCCAUGUCCCUUUAUAACAGAAUAACUUUUGAAGCUUUUUAAAAAUAAUGUCAACCCCUACCCCUUUGUUUUCCCUUGGUAUUUGAUGAUAAAUCAGCAGAAGACCCAGCUUGCCCCAGUGAGCUUUCUACAUCCCACAUCAAGCAUAUUAGAUAGAGCUUUUCCUAAAUGAGGGAAGACAUAUUGAGAUUAACUGCUGGGAUGUCCUCCCUGUGUUGUCUCAUUGUGGCUUCCUUGAUGAUUUUGUGAGCCUUGCAGCUUUAACCAUAUGCUCAGCUGCUGCAAGAUGUUAGAUUUUGAAGAUGUUGUAUAGGGGUAUUUGACUGUGAUUGGGGAAGCUCGGACUAUUUUGCAUGUGAAUGCUUCAGGGUUUUCUUUGUUCAGAACUAGCUGCAAAGCCAACCCAAGUAGGACAAGAUCUCCAAGAUCUAUGCUAUUCAGCAAGAGGCCUGGGCUGCCCUAAACUUAGUCCUUCCUGGUAGCUGAGCAGGAGCAGACAGAUCAGCUUGAGCAGCCCUUGGGGGGGGGGGUUUGGGGAGGGUAAGGGUGGGGGGUGUGUGGCACUUAGUGCAUCAAAUGUUUCUUGGGAGGAAGAAGCCUGAUCAUCACCAUCUGCUUGACUAUGUAGCUUGGAAUCUCUUUGUACCUAUUCCUUUCAGUUUGGCCUACCUUCAUCCAUCUUGACCGUUUCCUGGCCAAAUAUCCUCUUGGGCCCAAAUGAACCAUGUACCAUAGUCUUCUGGAAAACCAACUUGCUUCCUGGUGUGUAACUGCUAACAUUCACAUUAGAUGAUUUGCUGUAGCUCAAUCUUCCUUAGCCUACUACCGCUGCAGCAGUAGGUUUUAGGUGAUAUUGUAGUGCCUUUGAAUUCAUUUAAGUAUUUAAUUUUCAUCUUCCUUCCUCAGAUCUGUUUAGCCUCUCAAAUGACCUGAGAUUUCUGUUUAAAAAGAUUGAUGUUAUUGUCUCUUGUAGAGGAAACUAAUAAAGUGUCUGUACUUGUGUGA